CGCGCACAUCCAAUGACAUUUCCAAAAUGCGAGGAGGGUGCUCCCGCUUCAUGGAUCCCAAGAACCGACCUUGACUCCUUCGAGGGCUCGCCAUGAGCGGCAGAUCUCACCUUGACUGAGUUUCAUAGACUAGGUCCCUAGGCGGAGGAAACAAGGCACGCAUCGUGUUGAGUUGCUUUAGACUUUAACAACCCGUUCUUCCUCCUCUUCCUCUUCUGCUACGCUGAAGUGGUAAUAGCUCUUCCCAACCCAUAUACUAUACUAUCCAAACCCCCGAGUCAGCUACUCGACCAGCAAAGGCUGAGAGUGUGCGUCACACCUGGAUCAGGACUUUGGCGCGCAAAACAUGCAGACAUUGCGAAGAAUGGCAGGUUCCGGUUCCAAAACGAAGAGCUUCGUUGGGUCCAUCGAUAAUGGGACGACAAGUUCUCGAUUCCUCAUCUUUGACCCGUCUGGAAACCCCGUCGCACAACAUCAAAUCGAAUUUAAGCAGAUAUAUCCCCAUUCUGGAUGGCACGAGCACGACCCCAACGAACUAGUCUCCUCCGUCUCCGAAUGCAUCGAUAAAGCGGUCGCCGACUUCGAGUCGCAAGGCCACUCCAUCUCGCAAAUCAAAGCCGUAGGCAUCACCAAUCAACGUGAAACCACAUGCGUCUGGGACAUCGAUACUGGCGAGCCGCUGUACAACUCGAUCGUUUGGACCGACACCCGGACCGCGAACAUUGUACGAGAACUUAAGAGCCGCGAAGGGGCGGAUGGGUUACAAGAGCUCUGCGGCCUACCGCUGUCCACAUACCCAUCCUCGACCAAACUGCUAUGGCUCUUGAAGCAUUCCGACAAGGUCAAGAAAGCAUAUGACGCAGGCAAGCUGGCAUUCGGCACCGUCGACAGCUGGCUGGUGUAUAAACUGAACGGAGGGCCGGACAAGAACGUCUUCGUGACUGACCCGACCAACGCAAGCCGCACCAUGUUUAUGAACAUCCAUAAACUGCAAUAUGACGAUGACCUGAUUUCCUUCUUCCAGUUGGAUGUCAAGACGCCCAAACUACACCUUGCCAAAAUCAUCCCUUCGUCGCACGAGUCCGAGUACGGGGUACUGGCCAGCACCAAACUCAAAGGAACCAAGAUUACAGGCUGUCUAGGAGACCAGUCUGCGGCAUUGGUGGGCCAGUGUGGGUUCACGCCAGGACGGGCCAAAAACACUUACGGGACUGGAUGUUUCUUGCUAUACAACGUCGGUGAGAAGCCUGUCAUCUCCACCCACGGCUUGCUCGCCACGGUGGCGUACGAUUUCUCGCCCCAAGGAAUAAAGCCCGUCUACGCCCUAGAAGGAUCGAUCGCCGUCGCAGGCAGCUCGAUCCAGUUCCUGAGGAAUAACCUGGGCUUCUUCGCCGACAGUGCCAAAGUGUCCGAAUUGGCCAGGACCGUGCCGGACAAUGGUGGCGUCGUCUUUGUCACGGCUUUCAGUGGUCUAUUCGCCCCUUACUGGUACGACGAUGUCAAGGGCACUCUAUGGGGUAUUACCGCCUACACAGAGAAAGGUCAUAUAGCUCGAGCCACCCUCGAAGCCACCUGUUUCCAGACUAAAGCCAUCCUCGACGCUAUGGAGAAAGACGCCAAGGUCAAGCUGGAAGAGCUUGCUGUUGAUGGAGGAAUGAGCAAUAGUGAUUUGUGCAUGCAGACACAAGCCGACCUCAUCCAGAUCCCCGUUGAUCGUCCCAAGAUGCGCGAGACCACGGCCCUAGGAGCCGCCAUCGCCGCUGGCUUUGCUGUCGGAGUGUGGAAGAAUUUUGAUGACCUCAAAGAGAUUAAUGCCGAUGGGCGCACGUUCUUCAAGCCCAGAAUCAGUGAGGAGGCGAGCAGUAAAAUGUAUAACAAAUGGAAUAAGGCCGUUGAAAUGAGUCGCGGUUGGCAAGACUCUGACGAUGAAGAGGAUGAUGACAAGGAUAAGGAAAAGCCAGAGCUGGAGCAGGUUGUCACCAAGGAUUGAAAUCGAUUGUGUAUACCAAAUAUCUAUCCUCACUGAGACUUAUUUUACAGUAGCUUGUGACGGGUCUCUGUGUGCUGAACAGCUUC